UAAAUCAGCUGCUAAAGAAACCGAGAAAAGACGUCAAUGAGAUGAGAGGGGGAAUGAAAAAAGCGAGAGGGAUGAUAGGAAUGAAACGGGAGAGGGAGGGGGAAUUCAGAGUACAACAGCUGGACAGUCGAUAUCCAGCCCACUGUUGAGAUUCAGCUCGAACGCAUUCAGAUACGCUGCUUCCUCUUUUGCUCUCAGUACACACACAAGUGACAUCUAUUUCAGCGUGCGGUAUAGCUUAAAGAAUCCCAUGAGGAAUUCACUCCGGGAGCAGGAGAUGAGUGCGACGGAUAGCUGUGCGAUUUAGUGCCAAGACUGUUUUUUUUGCAUCAAAAAGAUUCCCAAAUCCAACAGAUAUGUCUGGGAUGGACGGGACGGUGGAGGAGAUAAAUGGUACAGAAGUGGACAGCGGGAGUUUCCUGAGGUUCAGCCCUACAUCCGUUUCCACCGGAGCGGCCGCUGCCUCUUACGGACGGACCGCCAAUGUUUACAUCUACGUCUCCAUCUUCCUCAGCUUGCUGCUCCUCCUGCUCACCCUGCUGAUCAUUGCUCUCCACAGGCUGAAGAACAUCAUUUCCUCCAGCUCUUCGUACCCAGAAUGCGGCAGCGAGGCCGGGAGCUCCUUCACCAACAUGGAGAUCUGUAGCAUCUCCUCACAGAGAUCAACAGUGUCAUCGCUGUCCUGACAGCAGAGAGAAACAGAUCCAUUACACGUCUGAAUGUACUCAUAUUCUAGAAGUUUAGAAAUAUUUUAGCAAGUACUUUUGUAUAUAUA